GAGUCACCGUGCCUGGCCUUCAAUCACACCUUUCUCAGUGACCUCUUUUCGUAACUGCUGGGUAGGGCAGAACGGAGGUAGGACCAGGGACAAGGCACCAUGUGCCUGGAGUCUGAAGACCUGGAUUUCAGAUGCAAUGUGGCUAGUGACUUCCUGUGUGACCCUGGUAAAGUUGCUUUGCUCCUGGGUUAAAUGGGGCUGACAGUUCCUUCCUGAUUUGCCUUACGAGACUACCGCAGUGCAUACGAAGGUGCCUGGCCAGCUGUAACGUGCAUAUGGGGGUGCUGACUGCUGUUGUCAUUGUCGUUGGCAUUAUUGAUGAAAGAGAUAGGAGGAGAUCAUUGUUCCAGCGAUGAGGGAGACCUAGAAAAAUUCCCGAAGUGAAAGAUCAGGGGUAAAGACCUGACUGCUGUUGCCACUUUGUGAUAAAAUGCAAUAAAAAUGUCAUUGGCCUUAUUGAUGAAAGUGGUAGGAGGAUUGUUGCCCCAGAGGUGGAGAUGACGUUCUAACAGAUUCCCAGAGUGAAAGAUCAGGAGGCUAAAGGCCUCGAGUUGGAAGCGGAUAGAGUGUUCCACGUAGACGGAGAACAAAGGCGGCCUGGACUAGCAGGUUCUGCUGACUGUGACCUCUGGCUUUGAUUGAAACAUUUGUCAGACUUCGUUGUUUGCUAAAACAAAAGUCAAGGCAUUUUGAGAAAUCAAGUCAAGAUCAAGGUCCACGUCAGCAGCUCAGAAGAGCUGGUGUUUAACCAAUGUCAACUCCUGAAUAAUAAGCCCUGAUUAGACCCGAGUACACCCCUCACAUCCUCCUUCUGCAGCAGCUCACAGGCUUCCAGCAUGAGCCAUAUGCUACGGGUGUCCUUACUGCUGCCCAGGAAAGGGAGGAGCUGAAGGCCAGGAAGGCCCUGGUGCAGAGAAGGGGACAGGAAGACCAGCGAAAAAAGGCACUGGGACAUCGGGACUGGGCAUUUCCUCCCAACAUGGCUGCCACUGCCUCUCCGCAGCGACUCACCACGGAGGAUGCCGGUUCGGAGAACAGCAGCUUCUAUGACUAUGACUACCUGGACGAGGUGGCCUUCAUGCUCUGCAGGAAGGAUGCGGUGGUGUCCUUUAGCAAAAUCUUCCUGCCAGUCUUCUAUAGCCUGAUUUUUGUGUUGGGCCUGAGCGGGAACCUCCUUCUUCUCAUGCUUUUGCUCCGGUAUGUGCCUCGCAGGCGGAUGGCUGAGGUCUAUCUGCUGAAUCUGGCCAUCUCCAAUCUCCUGUUUGUGGUGACACUGCCCUUCUGGGGCAUCUCUGUGGCCUGGCAUUGGUUCUUUGGGAGUUUCUUGUGCAAAAUGGUGAGCACUCUUUAUACUAUUAACUUGUACAGUGGCAUCUUUUUCAUUGGCUGCAUGAGCCUGGACAAGUACCUGGAGAUCGUCCAUGCUCAGCCCUACCCCAGGCUGAGGACCCGGGCCAAGAGCCUGCUUCUUGUUACCAUAAUAUGGGCUGUGUCCCUGGCCACCUCUAUCCCUGAAAUGGUCUUUGUACAGACACAUGAAUACCCCAAGGGUGUGUGGAACUGCCAUGCAGAUUUCAGUGGGCAUGGGACCAUUUGGAAGCUCUCCCUCCGCCUCCAGCAGAACCUCCUAGGGUUUCUCCUUCCACUCCUUGCCAUGAUCUUCUUCUACUCCCGUAUUGGUUGUGUCUUGGUCACGCUGAGGCCGCCAGGCCGGGGCAGGGCUCUAAAAAUAGCUGUAGCCCUGGUGGUGGCCUUCUUCGUGCUAUGGUUCCCAUACAAUGUCACCUUAUUUCUGCAUACGCUAUUGGACCUGCAAGUAUUCGGGGACUGCAAGGUCAGCCAGCACCUAGACUAUGCACUCCAGGUGACAGAGAGCAUCGCCUUCCUUCACUGCUGCUUUUCCCCCAUCCUGUACGCCUUCUCCAGUCGCCGCUUCCGCCGGUACCUGAAGACACUCCUGGCUGCUGUGCUUGGACGGCAUCUGGCACCUGGCACUGCCCAGGCCUCAUUGCCCAGCUGUACUGAGAGCAGCAGUCUUUCUGCCCAAGAAGAAAUGACUGGCAUGAAUGACCUUGGGGAGAGGCAGACCGAGAACUUCCCUAACGAGGAGGAUGUGGGGAAUAAAGCAGCCUGAGUGUCCAAACCGCGGUCUGGUGGGAGCAGAUGGGAACCAGCUAAUUUGGACAUCCACUGAGAGUGCUCUCUCCAGGGGCCUCAGUGACCAUGUUGCUAAACCCAGUGGUCAAUUCUCAGUUCUCAACUACCAGCAGCAUUUGCUUACCCCUGCCUUCUUCCUCCAUGACACCACACUUUAUUUUCUGAAUUGCUGUAAU